UUAAUCCGCGGAUCCUCCCCGGGGAGCAGGACGCCGUUUUCCGGUCAGGCGGCGCUGAUCGAGGACCUGUUGGGAGAUGACAGCUGACCAGGGAGGACUGAAAGGCAGGCAACGAAGCACCCCACGCCCAGGAAGUUGCCGUGUGACCGAGCCGUCUCCAUGGAGUCCCUGAUGAGUGCCGUGUCGCCUCGCUCCCUGGCGCCCGGCAAGAAACUCUGCGAGGUGGACUUCCGCUCGGGCGCGUCCCUGGAGCAGCUGUCCACUCAAGUGUCCGAGCUGGUCCUCCUGGAACAGGGCGGCUUCGGGGACCAAACCGCCUUGGAGGUCCACACGGCAAAAGAUUUCAUUUUCAACAUGUUAGGUUUUGUCCAGAAGGUGGAUCAGCGCCUCCCGGUGGCCAACGAGUACCUGCUGCUGUCCGGAGGUGCCCAAGAGGGCGUCUUGGACCUGAAUCCGGAGGAUUUGGGCAGUUACGCCAAAGGUGCUGACUUUGACCUGGACUUCACCCUGCUGGUGCCGGCCCUCAAGCUGCACGACCGCAAUCAACCCGUCACCUUGGACAUGAGACACUCGCCGCCGUGCCACUCGUGGCUCAGCCUGCGUCUGUGCGACUCCAACAUCCUGUCCCGCUGGAGCAUCUGCUGCCAGGAGGAGAGCGGACUUCCUGUUGAGGAAGACGAGGAGGAGGAGGAAGAAGGAGAAAUUGGGAAAGGCUCUAUUCCGUCACUAGACUCCCCUCAGUCCCUCGAUGGCUGCUACUUCUCCCCCACCCUGGUGACAGACUGGUUCUGGGGGGUGGUGAGCGAGGCGGUGGACGAGCUGCGCCGAAGCCCCCAGAGAGGCAUCCCCACCCCAGAGCGACUGGAGAGGAACGGGCCACUCACGACCGUCAUCCUUCAGGCGGGGUCCAGCAGGGUGCUGUACGACCUGCUGCCCGUGGUGUCGUUUCGGGGUUGGCCUGCCGUGGCUCAAGGCUGGCUGACGGCGAAUCACUUCUGGGAUGGGAAAAUCACGGAGGAGGAGGCCAUAUCGGGUUUCUACCUGCUACCCUGCUGCUCGCCGCUGGGCGGGAGGCCCGACAGGGAGUGGAGACUCGCCUUCUCCCGUAGCGAGGUCCAGUUGAAGAAGUGCAUCCCGUUCCCCAUGGCGCAGGCUUUCCAAGCCGCCAAGGCGGUGUUGUCCCGUAUCCUGGCUCGUCCCCGUACGGGUCUCAGCCUCUACCACCUGCGCACGCUUCUCUUUUGGGCUUGCGAUCGACUUCCCGCCGCCUACCUGUCCUGCCCCGACUCGGACAACCCCGGCCGUCUCUUCCUGGGUCUCCUGGAUGACCUGGCGCAUUGCAUCCUGGGUAAAAACUGCCCAAACUACUUCCUGCCGCAGUGCAACAUGCUGGAGCACCUGACGGACGGCCAGGCUCUUCUCGUGGCCCGCAAACUAGCGCACGUGCGCUCGGAUCCCAGUGAGCACCUGCGGGCCGCUCUGGACCAAGCCCAGCAGGCGGGCCAGCUGAAGAAGGAGCUGGCGAGCAGCGCCAACGGCUCGCCGGGGCAUCACCCCGUCAACGGCAUCAUCUCGCCUUCCGAGGAUAAGCUGGCCCAGCGUCUGCAGCAGCUGGUCACCGAGAACCCCGGCAAAUCCAUCUCGGUCUUCCUCAAUCCGGACGACGUCACCCGGCCGCACUUCCGCAUCGAUGACAAAUUUUACUGACGCGUUUGAAGAUGGAGGAAGAAGUCGAAAUAUGGUCAACGGGGCUGGACGUCGCCGGGCUGAUGCCGAGGAGAUUGCCGACUCCUAACGAGCUCCGACGGGCGUACACUGGUGAGGGCUGGCUUUCAUCGACUGAAGGCGUGAACACGAUGUCGAUGUACGCCUCAGGCUCAUCACAUUUCAUACACUCCAAAAAAGAGGCUGCAGCAUCCCCCCCUUGCGGAUUUUUCUUGAUCGUUUUUCAAUAUCAUGAUCAGUGUGUGACCUUCACCAUCUGAAAGCAAGAACGGCGUGAGGAUGAU